UGGAUCUGCUUUGGACCUUGGGACGUAGUCAAGGAUCAAUGAAUGUCUGGAUCAUCUGAACCACCUAAGUACACCAAAACGCCUCUUCACGUCAUCAAAGAUAGACUUGAGAGAUUGAAGAAGAAUUCGGACAUCUUUGACGUUCAAGUGACCACACCUCUUCAAUUUCGUGAGCUUCAAUUAGAUAGUGAAGGGAAAAGAGUAGAGGGAGGAUCAGAAGCUUCUGACACUUCAGUUGUUCCAUCACCACACCAAACGCCACCUCCAUCACCUCGUGCACUCUUAGUCGUUCCACCACCACCACCACCAAUGGCUCUCACCAUCAGGCAGCUGUCUACAUCCGUUAUCCCUCCUGGUGGCGUUCCAACUUGUAUAACCUACCCUGCUGCAGCUGAGGGGGCAACAGCUGAUUUUGAGUUGAAGUCUGGGCUACUUCAUUGUCUUCCCACAUUCCAUGGACUCUCUAUGGAAGAUCCCAACCAACACUUGAUGGAAUUUCAGUUCAUAUGCACUAGCAUGAAGCCUCAAGGAGCGGAUGAGCAAAUUUUGAAGCUGAAGGCCUUCCCAUUUUCGUUGGCUGACAAGGCAAAACAGUGGCUCUAUGAGUUGCCUAGUGGACGAAUUGCAUCUUGGGCAGACAUGAUGAAGGCGUUUCUUGAGAAGUAUUUUCCUACAUCUCGCAUCAUCAUGUUAAGGAAGAAGAUAAGUGGCAUCCAACAAGGGCAGGAUGAGUCCUACGCAGAAUACUAUGAGAGGUUCAAGUCUCUUAUCACUCAAUGCCCUCAACAUGGCAUGAAGGAUGAGACCUUGCUCACCUGUUUUUAUGAUGGUCUCAUACCUUUGGAACGAGACAUGCUAGAUGCAGCUUCUGGUGGAUCGUUUGUUGACAAGGAACCUGCGGCUGGAAUGGUUCUAAUUGAGAAUAGGGCCUUGAAUCAACAACAAUAUGGAAGCUCAAGGCCCAAAGCCACCACCACACGUGAAAGGGUUCAUGAGGUAAGUACUUUGGCUAAAAUGGAAGAUAAAAUUAACAAACUUACUUCUCUUGUGUCUCAGGGAACUCAUGGACAAGUCAUGGUGUGUGGAGUAUGUUCUAUGCAAGGGCAUGUGUCUAACCAAUGCCCUCAACUCAUGGAGGAAGGAGGACUUGAAGGUGUUAACGCCAUAGGGUUCCAACAAGGUGGUCAACCUCCAAGAAACGAUCCAUUCUCAAGUACUUACAACCCUGGAUGGAGGGAGCACCCUAACUUUCGUUGGAGGAACAAUGAAAACGUGCAAAAUGGUCCUCAAGCCGUCCAACAACGUCCUCAAGGCUUUUAUCAAAAGCCUCAGGGCCCUCUUAACUCUACUCCUUAUAAUUCUUCAAAUUUUAAUUCAAAUGCUUCUUCUAAUAAUGAUGAAUUGAUCAGGACAUUAACUCAAUCUACUCAAGCUUUGAUUGCAGGUCAAACUCAUCAUGGGAACCAAAUCAAUGCCAUAUCCACAGAUGUAGCUGAAUUGAAGAAGCAAAUGAGUCAAGUAGUGGAGUUUAUGGGUAAGUUUCAUGAGCAAGGGAAGCUUCCUAGCAACACAAUUCCAAACCCUAAGGGAGGCUUUGAUGGCACCACCAACUAA